CGAGAACUAAAACUUUCUAUGGAAACUGUCAGCCCUCCUGUAUUCCUCUAACCUCAUUUCGCCUCAGUAAUGUGAUAAGGAACCGUGUAAGUUCAAAUAUUUACCCGAGGGCUUGUUGAAUGCCCGGGUCGCGGAUGUGGAUCAGCCUCUAUGCGCUUGUGAAGAGCUCCUGCCCCCGCUCCCGUCCUGCCGUGUCCCGCUAUGGCGUACCGGGGCUCCCAUACCCUCAGCAAAGAUGAUGUGAAUUACAGAAUGCAUUUUCGCAUGAUCAACGAGCAGCAAGUGGAGGAUAUCACCAUAGACUUUUUCUACAAACCCCACACGAUAACGCUGCUGACAUGCACCGUGCUCAGUUUGAUGUAUUUCGCCUUCACAAGAGAUGAUGGUAAUCCUGACAAUAAUCUGUGGGUGGGGCUCAUUUUGGUCAUCUCAUUUUUUCUUGUUAUCAGUGUUUUGGCCUUUCCUAACGGUCCAUUUACCAGACCACAUCCAGCAAUAUGGCGUAUAGUGUUUGGUCUAAGUGUCCUCUACUUCCUGUUCCUGGUUUUUAUUAUAUUCCUCAACUGGCAGCAGGUUAAGCAGCUUAUGUACUGGCUAGAUCCAAACUUAAGAUAUGCAAAAAGAGAAGCCGAUAUAAUGGAAUAUGCUGUGAAUUGCCAUGUUAUUACUUGGGAGAGGAUUCUAAGUCAUUUUGACAUCUUUGCAUUCAGCCAUUUUUGGGGUUGGGGAAUGAAGGCCCUCCUCAUUAGAAGUUAUGGCCUAUGUUGGACUAUCAGCAUCACCUGGGAACUCACAGAGCUUUUCUUCAUGCACCUUUUGCCUAAUUUUGCUGAGUGCUGGUGGGAUCAAGUUAUUUUGGACAUUCUGCUUUGUAAUGGUGGUGGCAUUUGGCUGGGGAUGACUGUGUGCCGCUUUCUGGAGAUGCGGACCUACCACUGGGCCAGCAUUAAGGACAUUCACACGACCACAGGAAAAAUCAAAAGAGCAGUGUUGCAGUUCACCCCUGCGAGCUGGACAUAUGUGCGCUGGCUCGACCCCAAAUCGUCAGUCCAACGCGUGAUGGGUGUCUAUCUCUUCAUGAUCAUCUGGCAGCUAACAGAGUUGAACACAUUCUUCUUGAAGCAUAUUUUUGUCUUUCCUGCCAGCCACGCUCUGAGCUGGUGCCGAAUUUUAUUUGUUGGCAUCAUCACAGCUCCAACAGUAAGGCAGUAUUACGCUUACCUGACAGACACACAGUGCAAGAGGGUUGGGACUCAGUGUUGGGUGUUUGGGGCAAUAGCUUUUCUGGAGGCCCUGGCAUGUAUUAAAUUUGGGCAGGAUCUUUUCUCAAAGACUCAAAUUCUCUACGUAGUUUUGUGGCUUCUGUGUUUGGCCUUCAUUACAUUCCUCUGUCUAUAUGGGAUGGUGUGGUGCGCUGAAACAUAUGGCCCAAAAGAAAGGAAUAUGUCAGAUUUUGAUGACAGUAAUUUUCCAGAAUCUCCAGACUCUGAAUCAGUAGAAUUCAAAGUUCAAAAUUUUGCAGGUGAUGCAGGGGAGCCAGAGGAGCACAUUGAAAGCACAACCAGGCAGAGGAAUAUUGGAAGGACAAAAUCCAAUGGCCUGGACAGCCCACAGUAGGAGCUGAAAUGCUGAAGGCAGCUUUUAAACUCAGCCUGCGGAGGGCGCUGUGAAGAUCUGAGGAAGAAUAAUUUUGAACCUAUCCACUAAUCCAGUUGUACAUGA